UCCGCGGUUUCCGUUUGAAUCCCCUCCUCGUUUCCGUUCCGAUUUCUCAUCGCGGCGAGAACCGCUUAUCUCUCAAUGUCGCUGCGGUGUUGGCAGGGGAAGGAUACGGCAAUGGAGGGGCACAUGUUCGGAGGCGGCAACUGGGGCUCCUCGCCCUACCCUGGCUCCAUCGCCAACCCCAACAUCAGCGCCAACGAGAAUCAGUUCCUGUUCGAUGCCAAGGCCGCGCCGCAGCAGCUUCAGCUCUUCGGGAGCAACGCGGUUGGCACCAGUGGAUAUUAUAACUACAAUGGAAAUGGCAACCCAUAUGUUAUGAACCAACCGAGAAAGGCAAGCAAUUGUGCAGCGGAUGAAAAGAAGCUCAAGCUUCAGAUGUCCUUGAACAACUUUCAUGCAGGAGAUGCUGACCGGUUGGCAUGUACUGGUAAUUCAAGUGUUGUGUCUACUGGGCUGAAAUUGUCCUACGAGGAUAAUGAGCAUAAUUCUUCCUUCACAUCUGGUAGUGGAAGCAUGUCUUCUUUGACUUCCACGACGCCUUUUGGUCAUGAUAUUAUGACUGAAAUGGAGAAAGGAAACAAAGAGAUUGACUAUUAUUUGAGAAGUCAGGUGGAACAACUCAGCAAGCGUGUGAAAGAGAUGAAGCAGGGGCAGAUGGUUUCUCUUGUGGCUACUCUUGAAAGAGGAGUAGGAAAGAAGCUGAGGGAGAAGGAGCUCGAGGUGGAGGCGAUGAACAGGAAAAGCCAGGAGCUGAAUGAACAGAUCAGACAGGUCGCCAUGCAGGUCCAGUCAUGGCAGUCGGCCGCGCUCUACAACGAAUCCGUUGCCAGCACCCUGAAGACCCAGCUCAUGCAAGUGGUGGCGGACCACGCCAACCGCACCAGGGAAGGCUGCGGCGACAGCGAGAUUGAAAGCGCCGCUGCGUCCGGCCAGAAGAACAUCAACGCUGCGUCCGGAGGCUUCUUCCAGUCGAGCCUCCUCCCUGGAGUCAAGAGCUGUGUGGCCGCCGGUGGGCUGGCGGCCUGCAGGUUGUGCGGAGCAAAGGAGGCGGCUGUGCUGGUGAUGCCGUGCCGCCACCUGUGCUUGUGCGCCGACUGCGAUAGGGUCGCAGAUGCAUGCCCCGUCUGUCAGUACCCCAAGAGUGGUAGCGUCGAGAUCAACUUGUCCUAGCAUCAAUCCUGUGUGCGUCGAAUUGGACAGUGGUGUUAUGACUCCGGUACAUAUAGUCAAUCCGCCCCUCUCCCUCCAUGAUUAUGCCUUGGUUUGCACCUAGCAAGCUGUAGUCCUAAAGUUUUGGUGGUGGACAUAGAUUGUUAGUCGGGUCUGGAACAAUCAAAAUUUUCCUGGAUCCUGCGAGAGAUGAGCAGAUUGUUGCGAAAUUCCUUCGUUCCAAA